AAUUGGUCCUUGGCUGGCAGUACACGGAACACAGACGUCGAACUGACUCAGAAGUCACGAAAAGAGUGACGUCGAUUGACAAUUGGAAUAAUCGUAUUAACAGCGAAUUUGUCGGCAGUCGUGGCGAAAAGCAAGACUGCCGAGCGACGUUUGCCUCCCUGGAUAUUCGUGCUCGUUCGACCUGUUAAUUAGGGUCACUCCCUGAAGCAAUCGGCUCGUAGAGCUCCAGCUCGCCACCUCACUCGCGCUAGCAUCAUGUCUUCGUCUGGUGAUUUCGGCAAUCCGCUCCGCAAGUUCAAACUCGUUUUUCUAGGAGAACAAAGCGUUGGCAAGACUUCACUGAUUACGAGAUUUAUGUAUGACAGCUUUGACAACACUUACCAGGCAACCAUAGGCAUCGAUUUCUUAUCCAAAACAAUGUAUUUGGAGGAUAGAACGGUGAGACUACAGUUGUGGGACACUGCGGGACAGGAGCGGUUUCGCAGUUUGAUUCCUUCAUACAUUCGUGAUUCGACAGUGGCUGUGGUUGUCUACGACAUCACAAACGCAAAUUCCUUUCACCAAACUUCUAAGUGGAUUGACGAUGUUCGCACCGAGCGUGGCAGUGAUGUAAUCAUCAUGCUGGUUGGCAAUAAGACGGAUCUUUCUGACAAGAGGCAGGUCUCGACCGAAGAGGGCGAGCGCAAAGCUAAAGAACUAAACGUCAUGUUUAUUGAGACCAGUGCUAAGGCCGGGUACAAUGUGAAACAGCUUUUCCGAAGAGUUGCUGCAGCUUUACCAGGCAUGGACUCGACAGAAAAUAAGCCUCCUGAGGACAUGCAAGAAGUGGUGCUCAAAGACACCCCGAACGAGUCACGGAACCCCGACGGCAGUUGCUCGUGUUGACUGGCUGGAUGGAGUGAGAUGGUUUCUAUUAAGCGUCUUGCCCUUUCACAUUCCCCAGAAACAAGACUUGUUUCUACUGGUUUUUACUUUCUUGUCGUUAUCUGUAGAUUUUAUUUAAUUCAUGCUUUUGUUGUAAUAAUAAUUUAAUUCACGAUUUGUUUUGAGGAUAACGAUUAUUGACUUUUAAAUUGUUCCAGUGUGAAUUGUCUCAAUUCAUUAGUAUUAUUUUCUACCUGCGCAAAAUAUGUUUUCUAGUUCCAAGAUUGUCCUUGCAGUUGUGAAGCUUGCACUCAACAAACCGCGAAAACUGUAAAUAAUCAGAAUUACAAAAUUUAAUUAAGCAUGAGAUGGGCGCAUAUUUUUAAAAUAUGAAGCAAACCUCCAAGCUUUAUUUAAAAGCGUCCUGCUGUUUCUCAAUUAAAAAAUUUAAUUAUACCACUAAUUGUAAGCAGUUUUUGGAGAUUUUACACACGUUGGAUAAUAUAUUAUGAGUUAAUAAUUUAAAUAGUAUAAUAUGAUGUUAACAUUUAACUUUCUUGCAAAUUUUGAGAAUAUAAAAAUUAUUUUUCCAAUAACGAAGUUAGUAAAGUUAAUUUUUGUACUAGUGCAAAGUAUGACUGGAAAAUAAUGAGCCGUUUCAUUUAUAUCAGCACGUCAACUCAUCAAGGCAGCUAUUUUUGGCUUGAAAUGUCACUUUUUUCUGCCAAAAAGUAAAUAUAUUUAUAUUUUUCUGCCUUUCUGCUAAAAUUAUCUCAAUUGGAGAAAUCAGUUCCCUCAUUGAUAAAAUUAACAGUACUUUUUUCUCACAUAUGGGAGCUGGGAGCUCAUAUAGUUGGAUGGAAAUCAGUUAUAGAGAUAAGAAUCUUUUUAAUAAAAUUGGUGCUGUCUUUCUUUUUUUUUUUUUAACAUGCUCAAUAUUUAUGCAUUUUCUUUGACAUUCAACUUUGUUUUUGCCAAACUUCCAAGUCCCUUCAAUGACUGUGGUCAUUGCAUUUGAGUCUCAUUUGAGAGUACUUAAAUUCAUCGGCUUACAAUUACUUUUUAGAAAAUUGAGGUUGCUUGCUGGAUGUCCAACGUAUUUAAAAUAAAAUAUUAAAGCAAAUAAUAAAGAUUUGCUUUACUCACCAAUAGCACCGUGUAGCCAGCAAUAAAAAUAUUAAUUAUUGAA